AGAAGCCACCGGAUGCUAACUACUUGUACGCAAAACAGCUACAACAAUCGAGUGCUACUCUUUUCAUUUCAUUUAAUCGCGGUGCUGCUUCUUUAAGUGAAAAGGGGAAGUCAGCGAGUACUAUGAUAGUUUUUAUAUCAAGCUGAAGAAUGAGGAUGAUGGGGCAGCGGGUGGCGCGCGCGGGCUCAUCGUAAGGGAGCGCGUUCUGGAGGACGGGCGCGCGCCAAGCGGUGUGCAGAUGUGUCGCAGAUUUUGUAAAGUCACUGGACGCACAGAAAGAUCUAGCACAGCGAAGUCGCUCCGGACAAAUGGAGCCCUGAAGUGUCGGGGAAACAAGGCGGCGGGAAGAGAAGCGAGUAGGGGAGCAGAGGACCGAGGGUCCGCUGUCACAACCAGUUAAGGCUAGCUUAGUUUAGUGGAGGAGAAGGACGUUACUUUGACAGUUGAACCCCGGCGCAGAGAUGGAGCUGUCAGCGAUAGGAGAGCAAGUGUUUGCUGUGGAAUCGGUCGUCAAGAAAAGAGUUAGAAAGGGAAAUGUGGAGUAUCUGUUGAAGUGGAAGGGAUGGCCUCCAAAGUACAGCACCUGGGAACCUGAGGAGCACAUUCUGGACCGACGCCUGGUACAAGCCUACGAGGAGAAAGAACAGAGAGACCGGGCCAUGGGUCACCGGAGGAAAGGACCUAAAACCAAGAGGCUCGAUCUGCAGAACACUGUCUACACCAUGGAUCUCCGCAGCGCUCACAAGACCCCGGAGAAGCCUCCGCCUCGCCUGCGACUCUCUCUGACGCGCUCCCUGCUCCCUGACGAUGAGGAGCAGAUGUACGCAGCCUCCAGGCAGGUCCCUCGACAGCUCGCUCAUCGGAAAAGCAGACCGAGCAGGUCGGAGAUGGUCAGAUGCCUCGACUCGAACCCUCCGAGUCCUACGGAGGAGGACUGGGAAGGGGAGGAAGCAGAAGAGGAGGACGAGGAGGAGGAGGAGGACAAUGUGGAAGACGACGAGGGGAGAGACGUGGAGGAGGAGGAGGCUAAGAAGACCAAAGGCAUUUUAAAUGGACAGGAAGGCGCAGACGUCUGGAGCUCUGCUAUCGGGCCGGGCGACGUCGCAGCGGAGGAGAAGCCGGACAGCGUCUGGAGACCCGUCAUCUGUCCCGGAGAGGUGACGGUCACGGACGUCACCCUCAACUCCCUCACAGUGACUUUCCGAGAGUCGAGAGUGGCCAAAGGCUUCUUCAGAGACUGGGGUCUGGAGGUCUGAACGCAGCACGCCGGGAGCAGGUUGGAAGUGAAGGCGCUAUGAGAGGGAGGUGGAGGCGCUGGUUUAAUCAUAGUUUCUCAAUGGUAGCUGACGGCGGCCGCCAGCCGCUCCCGUCUUGGUGAGUGGUACGUUUACAUGCACAGAGUCACCUGAGAUGAAGCAGAACUCAACGUAAAUUCUUAUUUUGGUUGAUCUGAUCAGUUUUCACACAAUGUGACUGGGAAUGAUGUGGAGUUUCAAGGGCAGCAAGUGCAAUAACUGGACUUCUAUUGGCACCCAAGAAAUGGAAAAUAAUCGGACAGACUCUUUUUAAAACUAAUACCGUUUAUCACAACGGCAUAUAUUGGAAUUAUUUGCUUUUUUGCCUCUAGAAGAAAAUGUGCCAGCAAAGUAUUGAAGCUGAUUGAAGUGACUUUGAGUGAGAAUCAUCUCCAGUUAACUGAAGGCUAGUGUCAGGCCCUGGAUUCUUCCCCUGUCAAUCAUUUGAAAAUAUUAGGUUGCAGUGUUUUUGCAAAGGGCAUAAUUCACGAAGCAAGUUUAAAUGUUUGUGUUUCUAAGACUGGUUUAAAUCAUCUGUGGCCACAUUCUUGCUCCGUCUCGCUGGUACCAGUGAUUGUUUGUGAAAGGUGAAGAGGCCAUGGAGACGGAGGUAUUAACUACUAAUACUGUGGUGCCUAAGAUUGAAAAAAAAAACAAUAAAGGUUCUAUGAAUUCUU